CACGCCCCCCCGCGCUGCUCAGAGCGGCAGCACCGAGACACCGAGCGGCCGCACCGGCACCGCCACCGCCCCAGCCGGCCGCCAUGGCCGAGUACCGCAGCCUGCUGGAGGAGCUGGCCCAGAACAUCACGGCCGAGGACCUGGAGCAGCUGAAGUCGGCCUGCAAGGAGGACAUCCCCAGCGAGGAGAGCGAGGCCAUCGCCACCAGCCACCACUGGUUCGCCUUCCUUGAGAAGCACAGCAAGCUGGACAGAGACAACCUGUCGUACAUCGAGCACAUCUUCGAGAUCUCGCGUCGCCCGGACCUGCUGACCAUGGUGGUGCAGUACCGCACCCAGGUCCUCAAGAUCUCUGAGGAGGACGAGGUGGACACCAAGCUCACCCGCAUCCCCAGUGCCAAGAAGUACAAGGACAUCAUCCGGCAGCCCUCUGAAGAGGAGAUCAUCAAACUGGCACCCCCACCCAAGAAAGCCUGAGGGGGGGGUGAGGAGGAGGAGGAAAAGGAGGAGGAAGGCUGUGGCCCCCCCCCCCCGUGUCCCCCUGCCACCUCUCCGGCCCCAGGGCACGGGCAGGCGGGGGGGGGCCAGCACGGUCACUAACAAAGUCUUAAUGCCCUCCCCCCCCACGUCGGGGCCCGGGGCCGGGGCGGCUCUGUGUGUGCGUGCACGUGUGGGUGUGCGUGUGUUUGGGGGGGGGGCGCUUUGCUAUUCCCAGGGACCCCCCCCCCAAGCCCUCACUGGAAGGGGGGACAGCAGAAACAGGGACCCCCCCCCCUCCAGUCCAAGUUGUGGCUUGGGGGGGGUGACAGGCACCAGGACCACCGCCUACCCCAGUGCCGAGGAGGGGACAGACAGGGCUGGGGACAGGGACCCAAGUAAGCGUCACGGAGGGGGUGCAGGGAUGAAGGAUAGGGCACGUCGGGAGGGAGGCGAGCAGCAGGGCUGAGCAGUGGGGGGGUGUCUUUAUUGACUCCCCCCAGGCAGGCUGGAGGAUGGUGUGAGUUUGUCAGGCCUCAGCCCCACAGGGAGGGUAGGGGCAUAUCUGUUGUGUCCCACCCCCAGGGGCUGCAGUGGGUGGGGGGAUGAGGAGGUGACAUGGGGGGGGCAAGGCAGUGGGAGCCCCUGUGCAGGGUGGUGAUGUUCAAGGGGGGGACCCCAGACCCCCCUCAACACCCCAGACCCUCCCUGGGCAUUGGGGAAAUCUCCAGUGGAAGGACACCCCUAAACUCCCACUUUGGCUGGGGGGGGGGGGCGGCACAGAACUGGCAGCCCCCCUCAAACCAGCCAGCCAGAUUUGGCAGGGGGGAGGGGGAAAUCCUUCCAGCCUCCCCCAAUGCCAUACUGGGAGGGAGGGGGUACUGGACUGGGAAAACAGGCACAGCCCCCAUUAGUGUGUACGUGGGGAGGAGGGUGUCUUUGGGGUACAGCUCUAGCUACUAACCUGGGUGGGGGGCUAGCAAGGGGGGGGACUGGAGAGAGUAUAUGUUAAUAUAUUUUAUUUAAUAAAAGCUAAAACCCGCAGUGCGCCUGUGUGCGGCCGCCAGCUCUUGUGUCCCCACCCUGUGUGUCCCCCCCUCCCCUAUUUAUUGUGUCCAGGACAGGGACCACAUUCAUUUUCCCCCCAAAACUGUGUCUUUUGUUGCAAAAUGACUGUUUGGGACCCCCCCCACACCCUCCUGGUGAGAUCCUGGGAGGGGGACAUGGGGACAGGUGACACACUAAUGUCCCCCAGCCCCCAGGGGGGGCCCUCCCUGCUCCCUCUACCCGCCUAAUCCCACUUCACCCCCCCGACCGUGCUGACUGUGUACAGAUCUCUCAUAAACAGAUGGAGAUGAAAGCUG